UUUCUUAUGAAAACUGACCAAAAAUGUGUGAUACUUUAAAAAUAAUACACCAUGUGAGAAAUUGCUGUGAGAUCACCAUGCUUUUCAAAUUCAUUUGUCUAAAGGAAAGAGAGGAGGGUCAUAUUUAUCAAGGUUUAGCUAUGCUCACUUCAUCUUCCUAGAAAUACAUUUUUAUUAUAAUCAGAUUUAUCAAAUGUCAUCCGCUUUUACUUGCUUUUCAAAACAUCAGCAAAUAAGAUAAUUUAUCUGCAUAUUUGGCAUCAUAAUGUGAUCGAUAUGCUCCUUGAUUUUAACAAAACAUGGACCAAGUAAUCAAAUCAAGUUCAAAGUAACUUUAUACACAUAGAGUAUUUUUUGGAACACGCCCUACACAGCAACGUCUGGCAAAGGUGUCAAUUUUUGUUUUUAAAAUCAGAUCAAUUUAAGCAGUUAUUUACUACAAAUGACUCUAAGAUUCUCUCUCUCUCUCUCUCUCUCUCUCACACACACACACACACACAUACACACAAACACACACACACAUACACACAAACACACUCUCUCUCUCUUUUUAAAAAGAAAAGGGAAAACCCAACCCUCUCUGGGCAUGAGGGAAAAAUACAGUUGUAGGCGUCCGCGCUGUGCCGGUUGCGGCAGAGAAAUACGGUAACAGCAGGAGAUUACAGUAUUGGCUGGGCCACUGCCUGUGUUACGUCAGCGAGGGCUGCAAAGUUCCUUGCCAUUCUUUUCUGGUGCCGGGGAGCUGAAUAUUAAAAGGGUGAUUGUACAGUAAUCGGUCCUCUGUAUUUUUUUCUUUCCUAUUUUCACUCUUUAUUUUAAAAUAUCCAGGUAAAACGUUAACAAGCCAGAGCUGAAAGACACCAGUGGUGGAGGGGUGAGUCAGCUGGUGCAAAAGAAGAGGAUUUGGUUCCAGGGAGAGACGGUCCCCUCUCCCCUUCUGCAGUCCUCGGACUGAAGCCGGGUCUGCUCUUCCUCCGCAUGCUGCGGGUGGCUCCGCAUCUGCGCUUCAGGUGAGUGCGCAGAGGCAGCGGGGACCGGGUGCGGGGUGCGGGCAUCCAGCCGGGGGUGGGUGGGUGAGAGCAGACUUUCCCCUCCUCCUGGUGAGGUGAACCCCCCACUUCAUCCAGGCAUCUCUCACUUUUGUCCUCUAGGUUUCAUACCCGCGCCCCUACCCCACCGGAUUUCCCUCUGGGAAGUUACCAUAUAGUUAACAAGUGUCUGUUUAACCCCAGCAGACAGCUCGAGGUAGGCUAGGGUGGGUUUCUGCAAUGGCACGUUUCCUACAACCUGUGAGGUCUUGAACUUGGGAUUUUCACAAUAGCCUUUGCAGCGGGGUCCCCGCCGUAGGGCCCAAUCCUGGAAGUCAAGGUGGGCACGUCCCCACGCCCCGCACUCCUGCCCCAGUCCCGACAGUGGGUUUUGGGGUGGAAACCUUGGCUUCUUACGCAGAUAGUGGCGCCCCAGCCUAGAAAAUGCGGGGCAUCCCGUGUCCGCUGGCAUGCUGGCUUAAUGUUCACGCCUGCAAAAUCCGCAUUGACUGUCGCUUGCAAAGCCCCUUCUGCAGAGCAGUGCCCUCCCCUCCCCGUUCCCCAGCAGUCCGGCUGUAACUUGCCCCUUGAGCCCCUUUGGGAGGUGGACACCGUGGCUUGGAAAGGAAUCUUGGACAGACUUGGGUCGCGUUCAGCCCUCAGGUCCCUCCAGGCUUUGCUUGGGUCCUGGUUCUCAGUUCUCUUGGCUGGUGGACAGACCCGCGCGCUCUGCACACCCAAGUGCAAAUUCCUCAGGCGUGAGCGCGAGAGUGCGCGUGGCGCUGUCCCUGCGGUGCCCGGGUCGCUGCGGUUCCCUCUCCCAGGCUGCCCCCUCCAGGUGACUGUGAGGCAACCUGUUCAAAUGGCAACCGAGUAGAUCCCCGGAUUCCACAGGCGUGGCUCCGUGGGACACACAUGCCAGCCUCAGUCGCGCCUCCCGGGGCUUUGCGGAUUUUAAUUUUUCGGUGGACGCGGUCAAAGGACGCUCCGCUCUUGCAAUGGGUCUCGGCAAACAUUUCACGCCGGUGUCUCCUGGCCGGUGCGCCUAAAAGCUGAAGUUAGCGCGAGCCCUCGGUGGGGCAGCCAAAACUGCGGAGCAGCGCCCAGAUACCGAGGGUCCCUGCCUUUGAACGCCGACGGCUGAUCUCUACUUGGCAGUGGUUUGGGGAGAAUCUGGAGCUGGAUUUUUAAAUUCUAAAAGAAUUCCAAACUAUGUGCAGAAUACUGAAUCUCCUCUCCACCAGGACGAAUCAGACAGGGCAGAACAGUGGACUCCCAUAAUUCUGGAAUUGCAUUUUGCAACGUGUCUCUUUGACCUUCUCGCCCAGUCUCGGUUGGGGAGGGUGGCAGUUGGGGUACGGGGCCAAGCAGCAGGCGGAGACGCUCCCUGGGCAGGCCCUCGCGCCCCCGGCCAUGUCUCCUUUCACGCGCUGCCCCUCAGCGCGGCCUUCUGAGUGUUCCCAGGACGGGGCAGGGUUGUUCCCCACCCGUGCGCACUCUCUCGCCCCCAGCCAAGCCCAGCUGGCAGAGAUCCCUCAGACCGAGAAUUUCUGAUUCCCUCGCUCCCGCCUCCGCCCCCGCCCGGGGGUGGCCCUGGAGAGCCGGACCUCGCCGGUGGGGACCGGGACCAUGGUGUUUCUCUCGGGAAAUACUUCUGACAGCUCCAACUGCACCCACCCGCCGGCACCGGUGAACAUUUCCAAGGCCAUCCUUCUCGGGGUGAUCUUGGGGGGGCUCAUUCUUUUCGGGGUGCUGGGGAACAUCCUGGUGAUCCUGUCCGUGGCCUGUCACCGGCAUCUGCACUCGGUCACUCACUACUACAUCGUCAACCUGGCGGUGGCCGACCUGCUGCUCACCUCCACGGUACUUCCCUUCUCCGCCAUCUUCGAGGUCCUGGGCUACUGGGCCUUCGGCAGGGUGUUCUGCAACGUCUGGGCGGCGGUGGACGUGCUAUGCUGUACCGCGUCCAUCAUGGGCCUCUGCAUCAUCUCCAUCGACCGCUACAUCGGCGUGAGCUACCCGCUGCGCUACCCGGCCAUCGUCACCCCGAGGAGGGGCGUCAUGGCUCUGCUCUGCGUCUGGGCGCUGUCCCUGGUCAUCUCCAUCGGGCCCCUGUUUGGCUGGAGGCAGCCGGCCCCCGAGGACGAGACCGUCUGCCAGAUCAACGAGGAGCCGGGCUACGUGCUGUUCUCCGCGCUGGGCUCCUUCUACGUGCCGCUGAUCAUCAUCCUGGUCAUGUACUGCCGGGUCUACGUGGUGGCCAAGAGGGAGAGCCGGGGCCUCAAGUCCGGCCUUAAGACCGACAAGUCGGACUCGGAGCAAGUGACGCUCCGCAUCCAUCGGAAAAACGCCCCCGCGGGCGGCAGCGGCGCGCCCAGCGCCAAGAACAAGACGCACUUCUCGGUGAGGCUGCUCAAGUUUUCCCGGGAGAAAAAAGCCGCCAAGACGCUGGGCAUCGUGGUCGGCUGCUUCGUCCUCUGCUGGCUGCCUUUUUUCCUAGUGAUGCCCAUUGGGUCUUUCUUCCCCGAUUUCAAGCCCUCGGAAACAGUUUUUAAAAUAGUAUUUUGGCUCGGUUACUUAAACAGCUGCAUCAAUCCCAUCAUAUACCCGUGCUCCAGUCAAGAGUUCAAAAAAGCCUUUCAGAACGUCCUGAGGAUCCAGUGUCUCCGCAGGAAGCAGUCUACGAAACACACCCAAGGCUACACCCUCCACGCGCCCAGCCAUGCCCAUGCCGUGGAGAGGCAGCAUAAGGACACGGUGCGUCUCCCCGUGGGAUCGGGAGAGACCUUCUACAGGAUCUCCAAGACCGAUGGGGUCUGUGAAUGGAAACUUUUCUCUUCCAUGCCCCGUGGAUCUGCCAGGAUUACAGUACCCAAAGACCAAUCCGCCUGCACCACAGCCCGGGUGAGAAGCAAAAGCUUUCUGCAGGUCUGCUGCUGUAUGGGGCCCUCCACCCCCAGCCUUGGAGAGAACCACCAAGUUCCAACCAUUAAGGUCCACACCAUCUCCCUCAGUGAAAAUGGGGAGGAAGUCUAGGGCAGGGAAGGUGCAGAGGAAGGGGGGACGAUCUUAGGUGCCUACCCCACUUCCUACUUGGAAGGCCAGCUCAUUCUCCAGGAGGGCAAGACAGGGCCACCAAACAAGGGGACCUUCUGGGACUGGGGUAGGGGAGGAGACCCAGCUCAUCGGCCACCUGGCAGGGUGCAGGGAAGAGGGAGGAUGUUUUGCAACUGAUGGGUUGAGAAAGAUGCUGGACAGUAUCCCCCUGCAGCGAAUGCCCUCACAGUCAUCCUCUCAGCCAACUGAGAUGAAAACCACCAUGGGAAACAGAAUUUCAUGUACAACCCAAAAGACUAUAAAUAUAGGAUUAUGAUUUCAUCAUGAAUAUUUUGAGCUUGCCCUCUAAGUUGGGAGUUAUUUCUUGAUGGAAGUAAGGGGAUUUUAUUUUCAGGCUAAAUGUACUGACAGCCACGGUUGACAUUUAUGGGGAGAGGGCCUAGAGAGGAAGAGCUUUAAGAUGGUGGCCAAGAUCCAGGCGCUUUAUUUUUAGAGCAAGUUUUAAGACUCCACCACUUCCGAUGCAGCCAGUGUCUUGGCUUGGGUGAAACUGGACAGUGACAAGAUUUACCUUUUGCUGCACUUGGACUGGAUACUGCCCCUUUUCUUCUAAAGACUAGAGUGAGUGGCACUCAUAAUAUCUCAGAGUGUAACAGAGGCACAUUCUGUGCUCUUGGGUCUUGAGAGUGUUCAAAGACCUCGUCAAAGAGAAUAUGGCUUUUCCCAAGGAAAGACAGCAGACAUAAGAGUUGUUCGGUUUUUGUUUUUGUUUUCAAUUCAACUACUAGGGACAAAAUCCAUUAAACAGUUCCAAGAUCAAAUGAAGGAAGGCUUCUUCCCAUAACAUAUUUAAAAAUCAAGAGUUUGGGGUGGGAUGGGUGUUAAUUUCAUGGUAAGAUGCAACCUGCCAACCUACCCUGGAGUCCUUUUGAUGUGGCUGAGGAGGGCCUUUCUUGGCAAAUCGCUUAUCUUUUCCAGCACUCUAUUGUGAAAAUCCAACACUAAUAUUUUGAAAGGCAAAAUAUUGACUUCCGCUUCAUCUCACCUGCUUUGCUGUUGCCUAAUGAAUGAGCUUUACCCGCGGCAUGUUGAAAUGAGCCUUCUGAUCCAAGUAUAUCCCCCCUGAACUCUGAAAAAUAUUGAUGCUUAGCUUUGGACAGAUACUGAUAGAUCACCAAAGAAUUGUCUAAAGCAGGCGUUUGCAACAUUUUUUGACAGAAACCUAUUUAUUCUGGAAAAAGAUCCGGUGGUCCACUCAACUUCAUCUAUUCCCGCGUUCCAUAGGAAACAUGCUAUUUUUGCUUUAUGUAUACCAAAUUUUGGUAAACCUCAAUAACUCAGUACAAGUUGAGUAUCUCUUAUCCAAAAUACUUGGGACCAGAAGUGUGUCAAAUUUUGGAAUAUUUGCAUAUACAUAAUGAGAUAUCUUGGGGAUGAGACCCAAGACUAAACAUCCAAUUUAUUUAUGUUUUAUCUAUGCCUUAGACACAUAGUUUGAAAGUAAUUUUAUAAAAUAUUUUAAUAGUUUUAUGCACGAAAGAAGGUUUGGUUGAUUUUGACUGCAACCUGUCACAAGCAAUCAUGUGUGGAAUGUUCUAUUUGUGGCAUCAUCUUGGCACUGCUUCAGAUUUUAGAGAAUUUCAGAUUUUCAGAUUAGGGAUGCUCAACCUGUAUGUUACUAAUGAUGAAGAUGGUAACUGCAUGUCAAAAUUAAAAUAUGCCUAUUAUUCCACAGCCUAUCAUUCCACAAGAAGAAUUUAAAAUAGUAUUUAUGUUUUUGGAAUAAUUCUUGAUAAGGAUCACUGAUAUAAAACAACUGGCCAUUUCCAUGACCUCUUUCCCCUGCCUGGAUAAGUUCCUUUAAGAAUUUCAACUCAAAAUAGCCGGGCACUGUGGCGGGUACCUGUAGUCCCAGCUGCUCGGGAGGCUGAGGCAAGAGAAUCGCGGAAGCCCAGGAGUUAGAGGUUGCUGUGAGCCGUGUGACGCCACGGCACUCUACCCAAGGGCGGUACAGUGAGACUCUGUCUCUACAAAAAAAAAAAAAAGAAUUUCAACUCAGGCUGUAGCUGUUAUGUAACCUUUACAGCAAAGGUAGAUGCCUCCACCUGUCUUUCUUCUUUCCCUUGCAGCAAGAUGACAAUUUCCUUAAAUCCUUCUAAAAGGCAAGUCUCCUUUCACGUUGCAAUGGAGAGUGUGUGUGCAUGUGGAAUUGGGUCUUGUCACUGGUUGCACUGGAGCCUUGAAUAUGACUGUUUUCUCAGUCUUUUUCUACAGAGCGUCUUCUCUUUGGCUAUACAGAUACACGCCCUUGUUUUCAGGACUUGGAUUCUGGCCUUUGGAUGUCGGCUGAAUUUUUAUGCUCUUCUGGUCUCUCUGCAUGUCCUAUAACAGCUCUGCCAGACAUGGGUAUCCUACCUAGCGGCUGGCACCUAGGAAGAACUUGAAUGUGCAAAGCUCACUUUUCUUCUGUCUUGCUAUGAAAAUUCCAUUUGAAAACAGCUUCUCCUAGGAUCUAAAUAAGAAAAUCACUCUUUGCCCUGCCUUCCCCCUUCCAAGAGCAUCGAGGGGAAGAAUGGUAAUAGUUUGAUAGUUUUUCUUCAGCAAAAUAAGGGUUCUGUGUUCGAGAUGAUCGUUAAACACCUUUACAGACAAAUUUAAAUGUCAAAUCUGGGAAAGUUUAGGAGCACCGCACAUCUGGCAGUUAUGCCACAUCUAAUCAAAAUAAACAACUUAGAAAAUCUUUUGGUCAUCCAAUAAAAGCCAUGACAAUUGUAUCUGUGUAAAACUAUCCGUAAAUAAUUGCCCCUGCCCUCUUCUCCAGCCCCCUCUCUCCAAGGAGGCAAACUUUUAGCUUUAUUUUUCUUUUUCCCAUAGCACGAUUAUUGGGUAUAAAUGUGACAGUUCUCCAAGUUGAUAUUUAUCGCCCGAAACUUCUCAAUGUGGGAUAAACAAUAUGAGAGUUGAGUUACUUUUCACCCGGCCACAAACAUCUCUGUACCUUGAACCAUGCCCAAAACUAUCUAAAAUGGUUGCAGCUAAACCAAUGAUUGUCAUAUUUAAACUCACACGUUUAGUGCUUCUAUUUGGAGUUUGAGGAAUUUACCCAGAGUGGCAGUAGUUAAAAUGUCUUCUCUAAUGUGUUACUAAAAGCAUUUGCUUUGGGCUUGUCUAAACAUCAUAAAAAUUAACGGAACACUAUGGGAUAGGCGAAAUCUUAGUUUAUUCUGCCAUUCAGACCGCAUGUAUUAAGAGAGAACUUGACUCUGAUUAUUCAAAGAUUUUCCUAGACUGUUGGCAAGGAUUUCAGAAAAGCAUUUUUCUGAUCACUGUUUUCUUCUCUUUGCCUCCCUCCGGUCUCACCCAAGACUGCUUUUGCUUGUAGUCACUCAGAAACAGUCUCCAAAACAGUCAGCCUUUUAACUCUCCCGUCCCCACUUAGAUUAGCCCAUCUCUGGCAGGCAGUAGCAUUUGGGUAAAUAAAUAUUCUCUUAAGACUUUUCUGUGUGCCAGGCAACUAUCUGCAGGGCAUUUUGCACCCAUUACUUUUAAAUCUCAUAGCAACUCUGCCCCUCCUACUUUAGAGAUAAAAAGCUGGUGGUUGAGGGUGGUGGUGCCUGUGGCUCAAGGAGUAGGGCACCAGCCCCAUAUACCAGAGGUGAUGGGUUCAAACCCGGCCCCAGUCAAAAACUGCAAGAAAAAAACAAAAAAUCUGAUGGUUGAGAGAGAUUAAGGACUUGCCAAAAACCAGGGAGAAAUCAUGAUUCAAACCUGAGUCUCCCUAACUCUAAGUCUUUGCAUUUUCCAUAGCCCCACUGCUUCAUAAAGAGCAGCGAUAAAAGUCCUCUAGUUUGGACUGGGUAUGCUGGAUACCAAACCAUUUCAUGUUUUAUUUCCUUGGGCUCUGUCUACAAGUUAACCUUGGUAAAGACACUGUCAUACCUCCAAUCCAGCCAAACUCAAGAGCAGGUCAUCCAGGGAAGGGUUUGGUGUCUGCAAUUCUAACCAUCGCACUGCACCAAUUUUUUUAGGGGAUAAUAGAUGUUAUUAAAACGUUCCAAAAGGGACAAAUUUUGCAAGUUGGGGGAAGAUGGGCACAUAAGGGAACGCACAAGAGGCUGCAGUAGCCAAGAACAGCAAAAGGCAAUUGAGGAAAUGAAAUAUACUGGAUGGUGUAUGGAAGUUGUUGAUCACCAACUCCUGUUAACACAGACGCUUUUAGGAAGUGCAUCCCUUUUAGAAAUGAAUGAGAAUAAAUACAGCAUCCCUCACUCUUUUGAGGGAGAGAGGUGAAUGGAUUCUAAGUAUUUAACCAGGAGAGAGUUUGUGAAGCAUGUGGACCUUAAGGAUGUCACUGUGGGGAAGGUGUUCAGAAUUCUGACCUCUGGGAGCUGGAGACUCAGGCAGUUUUUAAAAAUGAGAUGUCAGUUGGCAGUUGUGGCACUUUCCCAAGUGCAAGCUGUGCAUCCUGAGGGCCUUCCCCACCCCCUUCAUGUGCACCAGGACACAACCUUCUGGCCAGGAAGGUUUCAUGGUUAUGGCCUGGGAGUGAGGACCUUUUAGGAACUAUGCACUUGGGCAGGUAAUUGACCAGUCUUUAAUCAUCACUGCUUAAUCACAACUUAAUAAACUUUCUCAAUUGCUUCUGGGGAUGGCUCUCCUCAAAAAAGAAGCUGCCUCGGGCAGCACCUGUGGCUCAGUGAGUAGGGUGCCAGCCCCAUAUACCGAGGAUGGCAGGUUCAAACCCGGCCCCAGCCAAACUGCAACAAAAAAAUAGCUGGGCAUUGUGGCAGGUGCCUGUGGUCCCAGCGACUUGAGAGGCUGAGGCUAGAGAAUCACCUAAGCCCAAGAGCUGGAGGUUGCUGUGAGCUGUGACGCCAUGGCACUCUACUGAGGGUGACAAAGUGAGACUCUGUCUCUAAAAAAAAAAAAAAAACAACAAAAUAGAAGAAGCAGCUGCCCCUGCAUAUGAAUAGUUGUUGACUAAAUAAUUAAGGAAAGAGCUCCCCUGGUCAGCAAAAGGAGCCAAGGCAGAUGGAAGGUAAAUUCUCCAAGAAAAACUGGGGAAAAUACAGAGAAGACAGAGGCAGCAAAUAUGGAGACAUCAGAGGUCUGCUGGCUGGUUACUCUGAUCUCUUUUUACUCUACUAGGACUUUUAACCAUGAAACCACCUGAACACAGCUCCGGCCGAGCCCAUUUGGACCACUGCUUGCACCUGCUUUGUGUCCGCAGACUGUGCUGAGAGCAGGGCUGAGCCAGGCUGCGGUGGGGUCCACGAUCUUCAGAAAGCAAUGGCAGCUUCAGGAGUGAGUGGAGAUGACCAUUGUGUGGCCGGACCACCAAAAGCAAGUUAGGAUUUCAGCGGAGGACACGGGCACCUUGCCGAUGCUCCCACGGGGCAUAGCUCACUCACACUCCCCGGUCCCAAAUGCCACAAGGGUAGGGCUGAGGAUGAGGCCCCUGCUCUACGCAGGAAAACACCAUUUCUCCUUUGCUACUGCAGCUUGGAUUACUGGCUCUCCCACCUAAAAGGAAGGUUAUAAGGGUUAGGGAUAGGGCAAUGUUCAGGAGAGGGAGGCAGCUGUGGUUACCAACACCUUGCCGCACCGAUGAGUAGAGAACUUCCCCAAAGCUGCUCCCUCGUUUCAAAAGGCAGGGCAAUUGCCUUUCCUUCUCCUGUGGCUCAGGAGCUGUUACUUUGGUUUUUCCUCCAUAUCAUAUUCAGUGGAGCCCUGUGAUAAGCUGGAAAUGAUUAUUGCUAACGUAUGAAAAAUAGAGACUUGAUUAAGUAGGACAUCUAAGAGCACAUUUAUACCGUAUUUAGAGAAAAAAGGAAUGAAGGGCUGGCCCAAUACCUGGAUAUAGGGUAGGUGCAUUCAACUGUGGUAGAGAGGAGGCUAAGACAGAAACCCCAGCUCCAUGGCAAUAUUUCCACACUUGUCAUCUAACUUGUCUGGCCCAUGUCACUCUUGUGCAGUAGAAAGAGAAGGAAGAGAUUGGAGCAGGGGGAGUUUUAAGAAUUUCGUUGGAUUUCCUCAUAUGCAGCCUCCCCCUGCUUUAUCCAGGGCACCUCGAUGUCCCCAAGGUCCACUGCAUUUCUCAACACUGUUCCUUGUGUGUCUCACUUGUUCAUCUCUGACCGAUAAUUCCUGUUCCAUCUGCACCUUCUCGCCUGCCGCAGCUCUGCCGGGGCGGGGCCUUGCAGCUUCCUUCUGGGGCCACAUGUGUGCGUGUCAUUGCUUCUGGCAUUGGCUGAAAGAGUAGCACGUGUGAUCCUGUUCUUUCUCCCUAGAGAGGCAAGAGCCGUGUCAAGGAGGCUCUGGGUUUGCUCCACAGGGUGACCUGCAAUGAUCAUCACCUUAACAUCCUCAGAACACAGAGGUUCAAAGGGCGCUUGGGGAAUACUCCUUUCCCGUCAGCCUGGGGGUCACGGAUGGUCACCAGCAGCAAGUGACUUCUUCUGCCCUCGGCACUGGACUUGACACAAAAAGUACAGAGAGGCAUAGACAGUCAGUCUCCAGCUUCCAAGCUGAAUGGGUUGCAAGUUCAUCUGUUAAAAAGUCAAGAACGCACUUUUCUAAGAGGCAUUGUCAUACCUGGGGAAGGGAGGAUAGUCCCAGAUGAAGCAAACAAUAAAAGUCUGUGUAAUGUACAUGAGGAGUCUGCAAACCUUUUCUGUAGAUGGGUAGAGAGUAAAUAUUUUAGGCGUUGUGAACUAAAUGGCCUCUGCCACUUCUUCUUCUCCUCCUCCUUUCUUCUUUUACUUUUUCGGGAGGAAGAAGGCAACCCUCUAAAAAUGUAGAAAUCAUUCUUAGCUCAAAAAAGAAAAGAAAGGAAAGGUAAAGAAAAAGAGGCUGCAGGUCACACUCGGCGCAUGGGCCAUAGUUUGCCAUUCACGAUCUGUGCCAUCUCUAGAUGACAGGGCUAAGCAAUGGUUUCUGGUGUUCAACAUACAAGCAUCUUUUUUUUUUUUUUUUUUUUUGCAGUUUUGGCUGGGGCUGGGUUUGAACCCGCCCCCUCCAGCACAUGGGGCCAGCGCCCCACUCCUUUGAACCAUAGGAGCCGCCUUAGCGUCUUUUUUUAAUAUGCCAUGGACACAUCUCCACUUGGCUAAAUUAAUGUUUGCAGCCUGAAUGAGUUGUUAAAGUGGCAAGUUUAUAUUCAGGGUUAGGGCCUGCUCCACGCCUCGUUGUAAUUUCCUAAGCAGGUAUCGGAGAAGCAGGGAGUGCCCACUGUCCGUCCACUGUUGUCCCCUGUAGAACAGACAGCAGGAGCCCAGGAAAGACCACUGGGGUUUUCAGCAUUUUGCCUUCCUGAUAAAGUCCCCCAGAACAAUCUGGCUGCCUCUGAGGGUGGCAACAACAGAUAGAGGCCACUUGACCAAAGCCAACCUACAAUUCCUGCCAGAUUCUUGGAACCAGAUGAAGUGGAGGUCCCCAGAGGCCCCCAGGGACUUUGGAGGCCACACCUGACUCCUCGGGAAGUUGUCCAGACCAUGGUGUCCUGCACCGGGGCAUUUGAGGACCUGCUUGGGGCUCGCCAAGAGGAGUCAGGGGUACAAAAAGAGGUGCUAGAGGGGACAGGCACCUUCCAAGAAACAAAUAGAAGUUGAGUUUCCUCUCCUCCUCCUCCUUCUCCAUGUCUUUCUCCUUUUCCUGUUUUUUUCUUUAAGUCUGAAAUUGCCUAACUAGAAUAGAAAUGGUGUUACUAGGCAGAAAUGGAUUUAGCCAAAGCCACAUUUCCCUAAGCUUGGUCCAUUCCCCCAGACUGAGAAGCUUCAACAAUCAGAAUUUAUUGCCUCAUAGUUGAGAGGCUGGAAGUUCAAGAUCAAGGUGUUGGCUGGUUGCUUCUUCCAAGGUCUUUUUCCUUUGCUUAUGGACGUCCAUCUUCUCCCUGGGUCAUCACAUGACCUUUGUCCGUGUCUGUCUUUGUCCUGACCUCCUUAGUAAGGACCCCUGUCAUAUAGAUUAGGCCCCACCCUCAUAAUCUUAUUUAACCUUAGUCAUCUCUUUAAAGGCCACAUCUCCAAAUAAAGUCACAUUCUAAGGUACUGGGGAUUAGGGCUUCAACAUAGGAAUUUUGGGAGGACCUAUAAGAAUUCUUCCUUCACUCUCUCCAGAAUUCUUUCCCCAGAUCAAAAGUUCAUGUUGGCCCUUCCAGAUCAUCACGGUUCUUUUCCAAGUUCUUACAGCAAUUGUCCAUGAAUUAUAGUCAGAAACUAAUUCUAUACUUGAUUGUGAUCUUUCUGUUGUUUUAAUAUCUACAUCUAAGGACUUUAGAGCAGACCUUAUAUACACUGUACUUGUAUAAGUUCUGUCCUCUCUACUAGGUGGAAACUUCUGAAUGGCAGGAACAGCCUGUCAUUCAGUGUGCCCCAUGGCAGUGCUCCAGCCCCCAAGGCUUGUGUCCCCUCCUGAGCAGGCAGAGAGAGGGGAGCAGAGUAGAAUGGGUGAUAAGAUCCAACCAUGCGCUGUAGACAGGGGCCAGAGAACAGGUCCACAGGGACUUGGGAACAUCAGAAGACUGACCCAGGAGGGCUCAGGUGGGUGACCCUGGGGUUUCUGAAAAGUUGCUGUCAGAUCCUAGUUCAAGUUACAGAGUAUAGCAAUGGAGAACCCCAGGAUAGCAGCCAUCUCGAGUCAGGCAGGCACAUGUCACCUUAGAGACAUCUACACCCAAGAAAACAGAGCCUGUCACGACCUGAGACAGACCCUAGACUCAAGGAUGGUGAGGCAAAACAAGAUGGGGCCAAGAACCAAUGGCAGAGCCCAAUCCUGAGAACCGGGUUGUCGAGGACCCCUUGGGAGCCCUGUGGUUAUGCCAGGACACAGCCCAGCAAUAGGUGAGUUAAGGGUAUUUCAAUGCUGUCUGCUCUAUAUCAGGAUUUGUUUUAGAAGAUGGGUACCAAAGAGCCUCCAGGUAGCUCAGGCAGCUGUCAGUGGGCACUCCCCAUUCCCCACUCAGGCUAUUCUGUCUCAGCCCAAGAAAGACAGAGAACAGGAGAGGAUGUGGCACUGGGUUGGCAUGACAGUAUAGCCAGCUCCUCCCUGCCAACAAGCAUCUUAAUUCGGGCCUUCUGCAGCCCCCUCCCACCACCUGCCCAAGCCUCCAGUGCCUCAGGGAGACAGACCCGCUGCCCUGUCUGCAUGGUCUUAGAUCUUGGCCUGCCCACCUUGCUCCCCUUGCAAAAUUCUAUUCAUUUCUGUUUCAUCAACCCAUCCAAGCCCCUUAUAUAGACAAGUGUAGGGCCCUGUGGUGCUUCUCUGACAGCCGUAGACUGAUGUCUUCUUCCCUGCCUCCUGCUGAGACGCAGAGCAUUUACCCUCAUUUGGAAGAAUCAGGGCUGCAUGGCACGGGCUGUUGUGUUUUCUGGGCAUGAGAUGAUACUGCUUUGGUUCCCCGUCCCCCUGCCCUCUCCCUGGGGACUCUCACAUUGGAACUUUUUCUGGUCCCACAAUAUCAAUCAUAGUGAAACAUCCUGUCAUCUAGAGCAAUGUGAUUCACCAGCUUCAGUUCAAUCUGGCAAUGACAGGGGGGGAAAACCACCCCAGAGCCUACAAAAGUAUUUGGUGUCUGUGUGCCAAAAGCCAUCUAAAAACAGACUUGAAUAAGUGUAGCAGUGGUGUACUGAUUUGUCUUUAAAAAUCGUCUUUCUUUCCCGCUCUGGUCUCUAUUCCUUGGGCUAAACCCAGUCUUAUCUUUCCUAAUGAAAAGGGUUCAGCUCACGGAAGUCUCUAGAGUUGGGAGGCUCGUGGCCCCCAUUAAGCAGAAGCUGAGCAUCAAGGAGAGGACUUCUUGUCCCCACACAGCCACCCUGACUCAGUCCCUGUGUCAUAACAGCAUUAAUGGCCAUUGUAAAGAGCAGAGAUGGAGGGGACAGUGAUGGAUGGCCAGAAGAAGGAGCUGCCUGAAUUGGCAAACAAGAACACCCACUUACAAUCUGACAUUAAAACCCACACAUACCAAGUAUUUUUAAGAGCAAAACAAGCAAACAUUAUAAAUAUUUGCAUAACAAUUUAUUGCUAGCUUUACAACAGACUUUUUUUUAAAGAGUAAAACCUCGAGGAGAAAGCAAUCCAGUGAAAAGUGAGGUCGCUGUUCUGCUGUCACCUCUACUCCCAGCACAGCGCCUGACCUCCCAUCUCCCAUCACACGCAUCCCUGAUACCUAAAUUUCGACAAGAGAGUGCAGACGUUCUGCAACAGAAAUUUUGCUGUAGCAUUGAAAGCCCGAAUCAAAACAACAUGCUUUCUUCAUCAGAUGUGAAGGAAAACAGCUAUUUUUAAUCUCUGGAUAUAACAAGUCACAAGCCAGUCACUUUCCAGAAUUAACACAGAAACUCAACCCCCUAUUGCAGACCAAGAAAUGAUUUUGCUCACGGAUACGUGAUGGGGUUUAUGCAGAGAUAAAGUUUAAAUAGCACCCUACCAGGGCCUGCUAAACAACAAUGACAACAAUAAUAAAAAAAUAGCUGGCGUCGUUGUGGGCACCUGUAGUCCCAGCUACUUGGGAGGCUGAGGCAAGAGAAUUGCGUAAGACCAAGAGUUUGGAGUUGCUGUGAGCUGUGAUGCUACAGCAUUUUACUGAGGAAGACAUAGUGAGAUGGUCUCAAAAAAAAAAAAAAAAGAAUGAAAGAAAAGAAAACUUUAAUCAUGUCUUUUCACAGUAACUUGUUAAAAUGAUCAUUUGUCUAAAGUAUUAAAACAGCUAUAAUAGAAAAGUAACUGAAUUUUAUUAAACCUAGUACACUCUUGUCUUUUUGUCCUUGAGAGUCAGGUCCUUGAGAAUAUAAAAUUCAAAGAAAAAUAAAAGUUUAAAUAGCAAACCUUAUAUUUCCAGAGCAGCUACCUCUGCACACUUGGGUAAAGUGUAAGAUUUGGCGGUUGCAUUACAAAAUAAAUAUUUUCACAGGGAACCAAUACAAUGUCACAAGUCUAAGAAAGAGAGAGGGAAAAGUCUGUAGAGAGCUUGGGGAAAAGAGAAAGACUGGGCCACGUAGAGCUCACAGCUACCUUUUCUUGGCAUUCCCUGAGCUUGCUGAACCUGACCUUCCCAACCCCACCCUGCAGUCCACGAUUAGAAGGGGACCUAGAAGGAUCUUGAAAGUGGUGUUGUGGGAACAGCAGCAUACUGGGACUCCCAGGCCUGGGCUUCCUGGACGUCCCCAUCUCUGUUUCUACCUUGUGACCGUGACCAAGUCAUUUCACCUCUCUUGACUCAUUUUCCUCACUUGUGAAAUGGGGUGAGCAGAUGAAACAGUGUACUUGAAAACGCCUCGUGAGCUGGUGAAACGUGCAUCACAGCAGGCCCCCAGCAAACCAGCACCCUUAGCCCACCUUCAUUUCCCCUUCGAAUGCUAAAUAAGAUAUCACUGUGAAUGAGAUCGCCUUGAGGGUGUCUUCGAGCCCUGAACACUCUUCUUGCAGGGGAAGAGAGAGUAAGAUCAGUCCUUUGCUCUCCUUUACUCUUCUUCCUACUUCAGGUUUACGUUGUCAGGAGUUGGUCCUCACCAGCGAAAGACCCUGGGUUCUCUUCAAUUAGAAACCAAAUCGUCACAGGUCAGGCGCAAUGGCUCACACCUACAAUCCUAGCACUCUGGGAGGCUAAGUCAGGAGGACUGAUUGAGCUCAGGAGUUUGAGACCAGCCUAAGGAAGAGCGAGACCCGGUCUCUACUAAAAAUAGAAAAAGUAGUCAGGUGUUGUGGCAGGCACCUGUAGUCCCAGCUACUUGGGAGACUGAGGAAGGAAGAAGGCUUGAGCCCAGGAGUUUGAAGUUGCUGUGAGCUGGGCACUCCAGCCUGGGCAACAGAGUGAGACUCUGUAAAAAACAAAAAAAGGAAGGAAAAGAAAAGAAAGGAAUUCAUGAAGCAAGUGGCAUGCCAACGCUUUGUGCUAUCUUCCUAAAUUCCAGGUGGGGGGGCCCCAAAUUCCAACCUCCAGUUAGUCCCACAUUGUACUUCUUUCUUCGGGUUGGAAAUAUCCUGGGAAUUUUAACUUUCAAAAGUCAGGCUAACUAUACUGCUUUGAAGAUUUCUGGUACCUCACUCUCAGGAUUCUCAACAGCCUAGAACAAGGGGGUCUGUUGCGUGCUGGUAUCUGUGAUCGCUCCUGCACAGCGGACUCACGGGACAAUAGGAAGUAUUUGAACUUAUCAUGGCUGUUCUGUGACGACACCACAUAAAAUGCAGUCGUUCUAGAACAGGCGUAUGUGUGCAUUUAUAUGGUCCAGUAAUGCUAUGAGAAAGAGAAUUAACUGUGACUACUGAAAGAAGGGACAGCAUUUGAAGCAAAGCCUGGUUUUUUGGGUUUUUUUAACCUUGGGUUUUAAAUCAUCUAAAGAAGCAGGGCUGAGCAGCUCUUGGCCCAAGCAGCUGUCAGGACUAAAUGUUUACAAAGCAAAAAGCAAAUUCCCAAUCAUGUGCAGAGGCGGUUGUGAUUUCACUGGGAAUUGAGAUCCAUCUCCUGGAAGCUUCAGGUCACAGUUUCCGUUCUCAUUUUAAGUUUGACCACAGUCUAGGCAUUUCUGUUGACCCCUUUAAAUUGUCUCUGGGACCCCCCCUGUACAGGUGGCUUCCCCGGAGAGGACCAGACUGCAAACUCAGCUCACCACGACUCAGGCUGAUGGGGGCGGUCACCCUACUGGGAGGCAGCAUCUGUCAGGGAAGUUGCCACCAUCUCCCUGCCAAAUGGUCUCUUGUGACUCAGAAUCUCAAACUUGUUUUAAACAGAGGGGAAAAGUCACUUUCCGGGACGAGGUUCUUGGCCCAACCCUGUUUUGUAUAAACACAGUCUACAGCUAUUUUGGUCUUCUGGAUUUUGAGAAGCAGCCACUAAGUUGUGGCAAGGGUGACCAGACUGGUGUGGGCCCAAAUUAAAAAGGAAAGAGUUUUGUUCUUUGGGUGCUGGGAGAAAGAAAACCAAAAGCAUCAUCUCACAGGGUGCUGGUCUGGCCCGGGGGAAAUAGGGUGGGCCUCACUUCAAUAGGAGUCAGCUCUGUCAUAGUCUGAACUUGCAGAAAUGGACACAUUGGGUUUGGAGGAAGAAUUUUUACUCUACAAAAGGAUAACAUUUUGAUCGUGCUGAUACACGAUGCUUAGGAUAUUAAAAGUAUGUGAUUCAUUGAUGGUUGGUCCACCUAGUGUUCGAAGGGCACACACACUCAUCGCUUGAAGCCAGCUUCUUGUCCAUAACUGCUGUCUUUGUGGCCCAGUGAAGGGGGCAUGCAGCCCACCACUUUCCCAGCUACUCGCUGUCUUUGGAAGUCCCCUUGGGAGCUUGUGAGUCUUGCCUGUUAUCUGGAUUUACUUCCUCAUCAAACAGCCAUCUGUCUGAGGCUCAAAUCUAACAUGUUUACUGCUGACCUUAAGGAGUGAUCGUGAAUGCAAAAAGAAAAAGGUUAACAGGUGUACGGGGCAAAUAAUUCAGUUUUUGGAAAUCAGCUUAGUAUUCCACCCUACCUCUUGCAUUCUUAAAAGUUAAACACUUUUGACUCAUAAAAGUUGGUGUCCCUCAAAUAAUAGCACAUCCAUAGAAGACUACACUGCAAAACAAAAUCCUCUUCUUCCAAAGGCUGCUGUGGUCCCCUCUGCUCUCUCAUUCCCUUCUCUAUCCUGUGAUAUUCAGUGAGGGCUGACCGUGCUCCAGGGUCAAGUGCAGCGGGUGGAGAGUAGCAAGGGUGAGACGCAGGUCUUGGCCUCAAAACACUUGUGUUGUGCAGACAGUGCCAUGGGAACUUGAUGGAGGGCGCCCAGCAAGCCCAAGGUCAGGCUUCUCAAAACUGGGGAGCUCUACAAUGGAUUCUGGAGGACAAACAGUGUGGGAAACAGAAGGAGUUUUCUGGGCAAGAAAAGAAAGAGUCCGUGCAAAAGCCCAGGGGCUAGUGAACCUCAGGGCUGUGCUAGGCUUGCUGUCUCCUCCCGCCCGGCAGGGCACAGGGAAAUCAGCUUUGCUUAUUGCGGUGUCCACUUGGCUCUCUGCAAACACCCAUUUCCCAAGUCUCCCCACCUCCCGUCCCCAGCAAACCAUACAUCUGCUUUUAUUCUCAUUUUCUUCUUAAGCCAAGGAAGAGCUCCCUUGAAGGGUCAGUCCAUGCUGAGUUCAGGGGCUUUCCUGACAGAGCUACCGUUGUUUGGCUUGGCUGUAAAUCUCAAGGCCUUGGUUUCCCAGCUGCCUGAUUCUCUUUGUUCUGAAGGCUUAGCGCAGCAUUACAGUGGAAUAAUUACACAGGAAAACAAAAAGAAGGAGGUCCGUUUCCUUCUCUUCAUACGAGUAAUUAUUGGCUCGGGCAUGAAGUGGCUAAUCCGUAAGAAUAACCUAAUGCUUCGGAUGUCUAAACAAACAAAUCUUUUAUCAGGCAAGUUAGGGUUAUUAUAAAUCGAGGAAUUGGUUUUUAGCACAAAGAAAACAUUAUGCAAUAUGUUUUAAAAGAAAAAUGCAGAAAAUAAUUGAAUCCCCACAAUCCCCCUAAGACUGGCUAUCACACCAUCAGAGGGUGGACAUCUGGCCUGGGGGAAAUAGGGUGGGCCUCACUUUCGUAGGAGCCAGCUCUGUCAAAGUCUGAACUUGCAGAUCAGGGCACACAAUUAGGGAAGGGCCCCCGAUAGUAUAUUCCAAACCCAACAUGGUAGAGGUGGUGAAGGAAAUGGAAGAAAAAGGGAAGAACUUACCCACCCUUUUGCGAUCAACCAGCAAUUAGGAAGGACUUAGCGGGGCUAAGAAAGACAAAUUCGGAGGUUCAUUGCGCCUGUGAAAUUAAAAUUGUAUUUUUAGUACAUAAAGCUGAUGCCAUUUAACCAUGAACCCCACGUGACACUUCCCAGCUCGCUGCAGCUUUUCUGCUUAUUUCCCUGUUAGGUCUGCUCAAAAUACAAACUCUAUGUUGCCUUGUUGCCAGAGAAGCAAGUGUGGGCUGACUGGCUGAUUGAAGCUGCUAUGGGUCUUCCUAUAUAACCUUUACAUUUGUUGUGACAAAGAAGAUCCCUGUAAGGAACAACUUCUAACCGUGCAGUGUUUGUGAACCAUGCCUGCCUUCUCCAGGUUUGGUAUUUGGUUGACUGCGUUGACGAUCUCAUUACCUUUCCUUCGACGUUACAAAAAAAAGUUAAUUGGAAUCACGCUGAGAGUUUGGUAUCCGCUCAGUGCUGUAGAAGGGAGCACCUGCCCCUGUGUCUGAUUAAUACGUUAUGUGAAUCAUUAUACUUGAAUUUGCUGCAGCGUUUUGUAGUGAUGCAUAAAUCCAGCAUGCAGGCUGACUGCAGUGGCUUCAAAGCAUUUAAUUCCUUUUAAAUGGACUCAGUAUCCUUGGAAUGUGCUGUGUACGUGUUUUCUGAAUUUUCUAAAUGCCACUGUGACAGGUCCAUUUGUGUAUGACGCGAUGUGGUGAACCAUCAUGUUGGUUUAACGGGAUUUUCUUUUGAAGAAAAGGAAUGUACAUAUUACUGCAAAUGAAUAAAUUAUUGAAAAUGUACGGAUCAUGCCCACGGCUAAAAAUGAAUUUAUUUGUUUAAUAAAGUGACUGUUCAAAUUAUAAGACUGUAUAUGGUGCUUAUCAAUAUGGAUGCCCUAUCUGUAAGGGUGGCGUGAUAUGGAUGUGUGUUCUCUAACAAAAUAGUUCAAAGCACUUUCUGUAAACACACAACCCCCUAGUUCUUCAAUCAUGGUGUGUUGUUGAUAUGUGUCUUGAGAAAUGGAGUGGAUAGUUACGCCCAGGACAGUUGGUGUCUUCUGCUGGCUCAAUAGGGUAGGUUGCCAUGGACUAUGGUAUAUAGGUUGGUUGGCCUUUUUCAAGACACAGGCAAGGAUCAGAAUACAAUUGGAUCAUCAGGGGUAGAGCCAAGUAGCACAGGGAGGUGGUAGUGGAAGGU